AUGAAGGAGACCGGGGAGCAACCUCCAGUGGUGAGAGUCGAAGAGCACGAAAUAGAUCCAUUCGGGACGGACCUUCAAAUGCCGGGAUACAGGAAAAUAGAGACGGCAGCUAAUGGGGCAGCGGUGACGUACUCAAUAGUACCACAACAUAUGGAUCCACUAGAUCAGCUGACAUCAAGUAGACAAGUAGUGAGGAGCAUACUGGUGAAUGAGCUGAGGAAACUAGUUGGGAUAAAAUACACUGAGACGCUAAAGGUAAGGAUGUCAAAGGAAGUAGGUGAUGGUAAGACGAGUAAGGACUCAGUGUACUUCAAAUCUAAAACAAGAACCGUGAUGAACCACGAGGACAUUGAGAAAACGGCUGCCUUUAAUCAACAGACAAUACUAAACAGAAUUGAAUCGUUUCAAAACCUUGGGAGUAACUGGGUGAUAAUGAACAUCGAGAGCAACUACAUUAAUAUCGCAAUGUACAAGCCAUUAGCUGGUAGCUCAUACAUGGAACUCCCCAAGGACAUAAGCAACCAAAGUGUGGAUUGA